UGAAUAAAUAUAAAAUUGGUAUAUCGCCGAGAUAAACGGGAAACCCUUGGCGUGGAAACUGUUGUCCGUUUCUUUUCAGUGUCGUUUCGGAUGCGCUGUGAAGCGGUAGUGUUUUUCGCGUGUCCUCGCGAUCGGUUUCCAGCUGUUUGGUGAAAUUCAGUGCGUUCAGUGGAUCGAUGAUCGUUCGAUGCAGGAUUGGUGGCUUAGUUUGAAUUCUCCGGGUUCUAUUUUCACCCUAUAUGGUGCCAUCCGCGAAGUGUUUGUGCGCUGGUUCAGACAUCCGCGAUCAAUCUAUCAACAAUAAGUGAUAUAGUUAAUCGGUUUGCUCAAGUGGUUUUCACCGGAUGAUAAAUUGCCCCGUGCGGAAGAUUUACGUUUUGUUGGCGGGUUUGCAGCUGGCGAGGGGGAAAAAGUGAUAAUUCAUCCGCCCCGCGUUAACCAGUGCCAAUCAUCGAAUUUCGUGAGGUUGCAUAACUCGGUGACAGUGUGACGAACUCCGACCGGAAGUACGCGGUGAGAUUCCCAGUUGUGUCUGACACCUUGCUAAUCUAGUUUCGUUCGCGCUUCGUCCUGAACCUACCGUUCUGGCCUCUUGCCAAGCCUCCUACACACAAAUCGCGCCUUGGAACGGGGCAUAGUGACGACAGUUGUUUGCUCGUGAGCUCGGUGGGGUCUUUUUUGGUUUCGUCUUAGCUGUCCCAUAAUUGCUUGGACUUACCUUCGAGGAUGGCCCCCUUUCAAGGCAGUGUGGGGGCCCUCCUGAGGCCGAGGGCAGCAGCAAGGAUGCCAAGCGCCACGCAUCUACUUCUACUUCUGCUUCUGCUGGGGGCAGCGAUUGGGACGGUGAAUUCGAUGGCAGCCCCUUCGUCCAACACCGGUCUGGUUGCGAACGCGGUGCUGGAAGACCCCGAAUUUACGGAUAUAAUCGAGAAUAUCACGGUUCCUGCAGGAAGAAACGUGAAAUUAGCCUGUUCAGUAAAGAAUCUAGGCUCAUACAAGGUCGCCUGGAUGCACUUCGAGCAAUCGGCCAUACUGACGGUGCACAACCACGUCAUUACGCGAAAUCCGCGGAUUAGUGUCACGCACGAUAAACACGAUAAGCACAAGACCUGGUUUCUGCACAUUUCAAACGUCCAGGAGGAGGACAAGGGACGCUACAUGUGUCAAAUAAAUACGGUGACGGCCAAAACGCAAUUCGGUUAUCUCCAUGUGGUUGUGCCACCCAAUAUCGACGAUUCGGUUUCCUCGAGCGACGUGAUCGUCCGGGAAGGUGCCAACGUGACGUUACGCUGCAAAGCCACCGGAAGCCCACCCCCGUCGAUCAAGUGGAAGCGUGACGAUAACACGAAAAUUGCCAUCUCGAAAAACAACAGCGUGCUCGAAUGGGAGGGUGACACAUUGACACUUUCACGUGUCUCCCGCUUCGACAUGGGCGCCUAUCUCUGCAUCGCAUCCAACGGUGUGCCGCCAAGUGUAUCGAAGAGAAUUAAAGUCAGUGUCGAUUUCCCGCCGAUGCUCUGGAUACCGCAUCAGCUAGUCGGAAUUCCGGUGGGAUACAACGUCACGCUGGAAUGUAACAUAGAAGCCCAUCCUACCUCACUCAACUACUGGACCCGAGAGAACGAUCAGAUGAUCCACGAUUCUGGAAAGUACAAAACUGAAUCCAUCCCGGGCACAGCCUCGUACAAGGCGGUGAUGCGACUUUUCAUCACCGAGGUUCAGCACAGUGACUACGGCAUCUACAAAUGUAUCGCCAAGAAUCCACGUGGCGAGACCGAUGGGACAAUCCGAUUAUACUCAUCGAAUCCACCGACGACAGUACCGCCCCCUACAACGGAGGCCAUCACGACUGUCGCCUCAUCAACGAAAAUCUUCGAGUCACCAUUCGGACCAACGACAAUUGCCCCGAUCAACUUUUUGGAUAGAGGAAACAAACUCCAGAACAGUUUAAACCAGGUGGAUAGAUCCGAGCAGAAGUCCAGUGAUAGCUCCAAAUCUAGUCGGGAUCGCGCCUCUUCCAAACACCCAAAGAGCAGUGGUCCAAGGCAAUGCACCACUUACUGCAGCUGGUGGUUGCUGGUGGCACUGCUGGCACUUCAAAUGGCCAGCCAAACUCGCCAGUGACGGUGACUUCGGUGGAUAGUUGACGUAGCUUGUUGGAUAUUUCGUUAGGAAUGAAUCAUAAAGUUUAUAUAUACACACACACAGAUAUAUAUUAUCAAAAUGGUAGAGUAAACAAAAAACUUUUUCGAUGUUAUCGUUCGGUUUGGCAGUUCGGCAAACGGAGACAAUGUUCGGUGCUGGAGUUUUUUUUUUGUUCGCUUUCGAUGAUUUCAUUACACGAAUUGGACGAAUGUAUAGGUAGUUAUGUUACAAUUUGUACAUUUAAUCAAAAUAAUUAGACAAAGGUAGGUAAUUUUCUACGGUUUAAUUAAAGUACAUUCAAAUGAACAGGAUGGGUGGGCUGAGCAGCAAAAAAAGAAAAUUGUUGUAGAAAUAUCAUUCAUCAGAAGGUGGCCAAAGCAGAAGCGAUAUGAUAUUUGAUAGUGUUAAUGCCUUACAUAAGAAUAAGCCAAAAUACGCAUCAGACAUUUGCAAAGGAAACAGAUAAAACUUAACCUAAGAAAUAAUGGUGCGGGCCGUUUAUCGAUGGAACCGGUGUUAUCAAACAACAGAAAAAGUAUUAAAACUAACCUAAAUGAGAUUCCCCCUCCCCUGCCGCAGCCAAUUUGAGCUAGCAGACGAUGGGAAGUGUUUUUAGAUAACAGUCAAUUAAAUGUCGGUGGCUAAACGAGUCAGUCUCAUACUGGACACGAGCAUAAAAUAAAAACUAGCACAAAGUUUCAUUUUUGUUUCACAGUUUGUUUAGAAGUGAGAAAAGGAAACUGCAAAACUUUUAGCUGACCGUCACAAAUAGUUUCGUCGAUUGCCUUGGAGGCUUUUUCGGAGGAGGAAAAUUGCCAUUUCCGUGACGCCAGUGGAAACUAAUUGGCAAUCAAGGUGUCGUGCUAGCGUGUUUCAUUGUGAGUUUUAUUAUUUUUCGUUCUAUCAACGCAUUUUGGAAGCGAUUCACCAAAGUUUCGACUUGUUUUAAUAAAUACUAAAGUAAGCAUAUGUCCAAGCUCAAUUCAAUCAAACCGCGAAUGUAGUUUUCCGAUACAAAACGUUAAUCAAAGCAUCGACAAUGUGGAUGAAUGUCGAUGGAACUUAUGUUUAUCGCUGUAUUAUAUACGAAAAAAGAAACAAACACAAAAAACAAACCUGGUAAGAGCUAUAUAAAGUGUAUUAUAAUCAAUAAAUUGAUAAGCAUUAAAUAACACAAAUUAUUGUAAGGAUAUGAAAUUGCGCUGCGCUUUCAAAGCAAACUCUAACUGAUCUUUUUAGUGAACAAACAUAGUACUAGAAGUGUAAUUAGCUAAGAGCAACUAACUAUUGAACAUUAAACAAGCCGAAAUAAUGAAAAUCAAAAUGUUGGAAAGAUGUCGAGUUGAUACCCAAUCGCGUGUGUGCAUGUGCAUAAGAAGGGAAAUUUUUGCUGCUGGGCAAUAAAAUACAAAAUGAUAGCGAUUAAUGUGGGCAUAGAUGAUGGGGUGUAAUACAGCAAUGAAGAGUCAAAAGAAGGCUAUAAAGCACCUAAACUAUAAAUGGAACGAAAGAUGGAAGUUUGUUAUCUCUUAUCAGAAUGCAGAGCGCAGUUAGACGACACAUUCAGAUGUACAUGCCAAAACCUACACACAUACAACCACACCCAACAACAAGGAACGAGUCAGGAGCGAAUCGUUGUAAAUUAGUUUAAUAA